UCGACUAGGCAUGCUUCAGGACUUAGUAAAUAUACACUCGUGUCUUUUUGAAAUGUAUAUGACCAAUAUUAGUGUUUUAACGACUCGCGUUUAAGCGAUUAUACAUUUGUUAAACCUUUAAUUUCAGUACCUCUUAAUACGGAAGUUUAUAUUAUAUUUGUUUAAGCAGCAGCGGGAAGGAUCUAUUUUCAGAAUUGUUACAACUUUCAAACGUGGAACUUGGGGAAAAUACUUUUUUGGAGGCUGCCAAGGAGCGAACAGGUUUUUAGAUGCGUAGCAACUUUAGUGGGCGAUAGACAUAAUUUUGGCUGCAGAAACGACACGAGAUUUAUACUCUUAAUUAAUUAACUAGUUACAUGUUAAGUAACUAAUGCAACGAUUCCAUUGGAUUAGUUCAACUUUUCAAGAGUCCGGAAAUCUCCGUUGUCAACUUUACAGUGGCAUUUUUGUCAAAAGAUUUUCGCUACGGAGCCUAUGAACGUUACUAUUGCAUUUGUCGUUUACUGUAUUGUCGCCUUUCAUCGUGGAAUCCGUCAUAUCAACCAACAUCAACCUGACUUUGUUCCUCUUGGUUUCUGAAACCCCUGGGUGGGGAUAUCGUCACAAUAUCCUAUCCAGCGUAAAGAGUCGGGAUUUGCUUUUUAGGUAUUUGACAACUUGUUGCAUCUGGAGCCCCCCUGCCAGAUUUGACUUUUUUUUUCUUGCUCUGGAAAUGGAAUAGCGGUACAUUGGAUACACUUUGGUUUUAAAUCAAGCAAAACUGUAGAAUGUCUAUAGUGGGUUGGGCACGAAUUAAAGUUCAAACAUUGUUGCAAAAUGUUUAUUGAAAUCUUGCCAGUGGUUGAAGAUUACAAGAGCCGCCGUGUGCCCGGACUGAACCGAUCUGUCUAUGAUAACUUUAACAAGCACGUUGAAAACGAGGACCGGACCGCUGUUUAUCUCAUGUAAGGAGCUCGUGCUGUAUGUGAACGGUGAACUAAAUGUAAAGUCUAUUCAACUAUAAGCGACGCAAUUCCAAUUAUUGAUUUGAUGUUGUCGAACUUGUGCAUGCAAUGUUUGGCCUCUCUUGUUAGUGAUACCGGUUAACACACAUGAUCUAAAUCUUAUUUUAUUAGACUAAGUAUGUUAUAUUUAUUUGAUGGUUAGCAAUUCCAUAAUUUAGAAGCAAACGUUCAGAUUUUUUUCUUAUGAGUGAAUAUGAAGACCACUUUACUUGGCGUGUUUAAUAACUGUUUUUACCUGGAACAAACGUUCAAAGCCGGAUAAGAAUUCAUUACAAAAUCACAAGACAACACGGCAGUCCGUGAGCCUUAACACUUUGGAUAAAACCCUCUAUUUCGAGUCGUUUUCACGGGUUUCUACCAUUUCUAACCCAUAAAGCAGAGGACCAGCGCUGGGCCAUAUAUUUCUUGUCCUGAAUCAACCUUGGUGGUUACCAGCUUUUGAAGUCCACGAUGUACACCCGGAGCCCGCCGCUACAGCCGAUCCAAUGAUCGUUCUCCAGCGGCGACUGGCCGGGCUCUGGCCGUGGCUGCUCAUGGCGGCCCUGCAGGUGGUGUUUGGCCAGACGGGCCUGGAGCUGGCGGCGGCCGUCGAGACGGAGCGCUCAGCCCUCAGGGCUGUCAUCAAGGUGACACUGCUGAGACCCGAGCCAACGGGGAAACCCAUCACUCUGGAAGGGCUGUUUGUCGGAGGGAGCGCCGGCUCUGCAGAGGGGAAGCUCAUGCAGUCCCACCCUCUGUCCCUGUGCAACACCAGUGAAGAUGAGCGCCAGGAGUCAGACUUCAUCAGCAUCGUCAAGCUGGAGAGCCCGGAGCGCAAGGUGCCUCAGUGCCUGCCGCUACUCCACAAGGCACGCCUGGCGCUGGAGAGAGGGGCUCAGGCUGUCAUCUUUGAUGUCACCGAUGAUGUCAACGCUAAGUUCCAGCUGCAUGAGUCAGAUUCCCUGCUGCGUCCGGUGGUGCUGAUGCAGGCUGAGGAUGCUGAGACACUGAUGGAACUGGUCAACAGGAACGAGGAGGCCAGCGUCCGCAUCGACAUCAAGAGGGAGGACCCCAAAUGGGCCCACUAUGAUGUUGUUGUCCUGCUCACUAUAGUCCUUGCUAUUCUGGCCAUUGUUUCGAUCUUUGCUUUCCGGUAUCGAUGCAAGUCCAGCAGAACCUGGGACUCAGUCCACCAGCAGACGAUGCGAGCCAUCAGUCGUCUGGAGACGCGGAUGUACAGCUCUCAGGGCUGCGGGGGCUCACAGCGCCCCCGUGGAGGCUGGGGGUCUAAUAGCAGCUCUAACUCCAGCCCCGUCUGUGCCAUCUGUCUGGAUGAGUUCCUGGAGGGACAGGACCUGAGGAUCAUCUCGUGUGCUCAUGAGUUCCACAAGGAGUGUGUGGACCCCUGGCUACUGCAGCACCGAACCUGUCCCCUCUGCAUGCACAACAUCAUGGGUUCAGAGCUGUCUGGACAGCCACGGAGGACCAGACGAACAGCAGACGCCCGAACACAGCCAAGGGUUUCCGCCACACCCACCCCAUCCCCGUUCUCCAUGAGGCCUCACUACCCCCGCGGUCCCUCUGGUCCAUACCCCUCCCUGGGCCACUAUAGCGGCUCCCCGCCUCUGGACCCCCAGACUCACCGCUUCCUCCCUAGCCGGCCCCUGGGCCCUGGUUGUGGAUACCUCCACCCUGCAGAGGGCCCCGGAAGGCCCCACAGAGCCGGGGGCAGCUGCAAGACAGCAGGCCACCCUAUGGAGACCCACUACGGCCCCGGGCCCCGCCGCUCCUGCCACGCCUACCGCUCCGGCUGCCCUUCCCAGCGCAGUGCCUCCAGUUCCAGGCUCCACCACGCCCCCUCCUCUGCUCCCCGCGCCUCCGCAGGGGGAGCCCACAGCCGGGGGAACGAGGGGGGCAGCUGCUCUGGGAGGAGCUACCGGACGGAGCACAGUGGCUACCUGGCUGAUGGGCCGGCCAGUGACUCCAGCUCUGGCCCCUGUCACGGCUCCUCCAGUGACUCGGUCCUCAACUGUACUGACGUGUCCCUGCAGGGUGUGUAUGGUAGCUGGUCCACGUUCCGCAGCUCCCUGAGCAGUGACUAUGAUCCGUUUGUGUACUACGGGCCGGGACCAGGGCCGACAGGCCGCAGGGACAGCAUUGAGGCAGGCGCCCAGAGACCCAGGUCCCUGGAUUCAGUGGUGAACAGAGACAGAGGACGAGGAGGAGGAGGAAGAAGAGGAGGGUGCUCUGAGGAACAGCAGCAGGCUGUGUUUAGCCACGUCCACUACCACCGCCACCGUCACCACCACUACCGAGAGGAAGGGGAGAGGGAGCACGCCCAGGGCCAGGGGCCAGGCAGGGGGUCGGACGAGGAGCUGGGGGCUACUGCUUUUGGCCGUGAGUCAGGAUCUCCCCCGGCUCUGGACAAAGAUUCCCCAGUGUGCCCUCUGAAAGACAACCCCUGUCACUGCCCUAAGGCAGACCACACAGACAGUAGGGGGGCCCAUGGCCACGGGACAGAGGGUCAGGGCCAUGAGCUCAGCCACCCCUCAGGCCCCCCUCCAGUCCUGGUAACCCCAGCCCCCUUACCACCCCCACCCACCUGCUGUCACCAGGACCACAGCCACGGGGGCCACCCCCACCGGAGGGCAGGCCGGCUGGGCGACUGUGUGCUCGACGACCCCUCAGUCCAACAGAACCUGGACCUGCAGGACGACUGUAGCAUCCACAUCCACUAUGACCAGGGUUACUGCUGCCCCCCUCCCGACCUGCCCCCCGCUCUGCUCUCCAUGCCUGUGCCCCUCAUCCUGGACUCUGGAGGAAUGAGGCCCCUGGGGGGCCUAGAGGACUGGCCCUGCUGUGGAGGGCCCCACCAUGUGGUGUGGCAGAAGCGGGUGCAGCAGGCCCACUCUGAGCCCCAGCUGCUGGGGGUCCCUAUGGACAUAACCCCACCCCCAUCCAGCAGGCGCCACCACGGUCCCCACAGCCCAGCGGACGACCGCAACACAGACUUUUGUUUAUACUGCCAAACAUUACACAACAAUCAGGGAUCCGAGGAGGAGUCCGGCGUGUGAGGACUCGCGAGUUGCAUCCCCAACUUCACGCUGCUACGUACACAGGAGCCGGAACGGACAAACGCAUCAUCGCACGGCCAUGUUUCUCAAGUCUUCCAAAUAAUUCCACAUUUAAUAGCUGCAUUCAGACUACACUUCCCAGAAUCCCCCAGUCAGUGCUCAGUUCCGUCUGUCCCCACAACGAUCAAAAUGAGUCUAUGAGAUUCUGAUUGUUUUGAAGUUUAUUUAUUUUGACCAUCAAUUCAAACAAUAAGCACAAGUCAUGUAUGGACCUGAAAUUGCUCUAAUUCAUUGUUGAAUUCCAGUAUUUCAAUGUGUUUAAUGGGAGUUUUGUUGUUGCUUAGUGAUUGUGUUUCAAGAUGGCGACUGACUGGGAGAUGCUGGGAAUGGUUUUUGUUGUUGUUUUUAUUUUGUUUUGUAAAAUUACAGGAAUAAUUCAAUACCAACAAGUUCCCAGGUUGCCUUAGUGACCACAAGGAAUGAUCACUGCUCAGGGCUUGAGCCUCGAUUCACAUCAGGAAAUUCCCCAACUAUCUCCCUCAUUAGAAAUCACAUGGGCAUAUUGGAUGUCUGAUUCCUUGAGUGGUUGAUUGAGUACUUAAUCAAUUAUACUAUGAGGUACUACUCAGUAAUACUUAAUAUCCUUAAAGUCCUUUAUUUGUGUAGAUACAGAAUGUAGACAAGCAUUGGAUCAUGUAUGACACCCAUGCAUGGAGGUUUCUUGCUCUUUCCAGCCUAACUCAAAUCAGAUUCAGAAAUGUUUCCCAUCGGCGUGGGUUUUACUAAGGUACUCAGAGCUACAGAAAGAGACAAGAAACGUAUCAUUAGGGGAGAACAGUUAUUUUCUUAGCUGGACCUACAAGCAG